UUCAUUAGAAGAAACUGAUACUGAACACAGUUUGUACUUACCACCCUUGCGGGCUGUGGUUAGACGUAUCAAGUCUCACUGAAAAUAGUAGUGAAAAUACGGUCCCCGAUUACGAUAACUCGUGAAAAGUGGUCGCGUGCAGUACCUUGUAACGAAUGUUUUGGAUAACAGUUUUGCAUUGUAUCUUCGGACGGGAAUCCGUGAACAUCUUCGCGAUAAUCAUCCUGCUUUCCUGUUGUUAUCAGUGUUGCAUCAGUGUCAGUUGUGAAUGAUAGAUAAAAACAUAACUUGAAAGAAACUAGUGAAAUUUUUUAAUAUUUAUCUUGUGUUAUUUGAAUCACGGGAAAGGACGAAAGGAAAGAUUUUUAACUUUAUUCCAAUGGAACUGUGAAUAUUGUUUGUUUCAAAAGUGAUUUAACAUUUUUAUAGUGACGAUUCCUUGCACUUGAACAUUAGUUUCGAAAAUGUGUUUACCGGAAAAUUGAAUCCGUUUUUCAGUUGAGAUGGAUUUCACACUUGCAAUAAGAAAUUGAGCAUUACUAUGGCAACGUUAACAUCAAAUCGAACAACAGAGAAUACAACAGUUUUUACAAUGACCGGAAAACAAACACAUCCGCCUGAUCACAUUAAGCGACCAAUGAAUGCGUUCAUGGUUUGGUCACGAGGUCAACGACGCAAAAUGGCACAGGAUAAUCCAAAGAUGCAUAAUUCUGAAAUAUCAAAACGAUUGGGUGCUGAAUGGAAACUACUCACCGAGAGUCAGAAACGACCGUUUAUUGAUGAAGCAAAAAGAUUAAGAGCUCUGCACAUGAAGGAACAUCCGGACUAUAAAUAUCGGCCACGACGAAAACCCAAAACCUUAUCCAAAUCCCCUGUUCCAGCCAAUCAACAGAAAGAUGCAAACCACCAUCAUUCUCCCAAAUAUCCUUUCAAUUCCACCACACUCGAUCUAACAUUGGGUCUACCGCAGCGAAAUCCACCAUUCCCUUUGCCCCAUUAUCCUCCAUUAGAUCCCACCAUUGCCCUUGACCUUCAGGCACGUCUUCAAGCAAUGUACGCCGGAGGUCUUUACCACCCUUGGCGAUAUUUUGGCUGCUCACCGAUCCUAACACCUGCCGAUGCACCACCUUCGCCACCAUCAAAUACACCACAAAUGUCAUAUGUGUGCGUAAAGCAACCGAAAAGUUCACCUGCAACUCCGCAAAAUCUGGUUCAUAAUUCGCAAACGACACCCCCCAGCAUUAUAUGACCAACCCCAUUGCGCUACAGCGCCGCCGAACAUGCAGCUGUGUAAAUAGGCCAAAGUAUAUUAUCUUGUAAAUAUUAUAUAAAAACAAAAAACAUUUUAAAAAACAAAUUACAAAUUAAAGGACAAAUGAUACGUAAUUAGAAUUACCUACAGGUGAAAAUUAUGGAAUAUGUAACUAUGAGGCGGGAGAAGUAAGUUCUACCCUUAAGUCCUGGUUUGUGGUGAAAAAAAAAGAUUUGUGUAACCGUAAUCGAAGACGUGACAUGUAAAAUGUUUGAAAAUUACAAGUAAUGUGAUAAAAUUUGAAUAAGUAAAUGUCUCUCUCGAAAAAUCAUAUCAUGACACUAAAAAGAUAAAAUUAUAUUUAAAGUAAAGUUUAAGGUUCCAAGCAAUCGAUUUUUUUAGUUAAAACAACAAAGAUAGAAAUGCACCUCAGAUUUGUGUCUAACAAAACCGGAAAUGUUCGUAAAAUCUUUCUAAGUCUGGUAUAGAUGAAUGUAGAAAUAAUAGAAUACUCCGUACAACAAUCAACAAAUGGAAGAAAUUUAGAUGCAUUUGAUUGUUGAAUGUGGAAACAACAUAAACAAAUUAAAUUUUUCCAGAAGAAAAAAAUUAAUUCCAGGCGCGGACAACAAAAUUCAAAAGAUAACGAUUAAGGCAUAGAUAUUUAUGGUAAGGAGGGUAUAAUUAUUGAUUUAAAAGAUUUGAAAACAAGGAUCAGACACAUGCAAGCAAAUGAACGUCUAGCCAAGCAUAAACAUGUAAUGUGUGCAAUAAGAAAUAAAUUGGAAUAAAAUCUACUUAUUUGUAACAACUUUUGUUCGUUGAUAAAAAUAAUUUCCUGUUUUUGUUGAAAUUCGAAGUAAAUGUGCAACGGGUCAGUGCAUUUAUCUGAAUUCGUAACCUGUAUUUAACGAAAGGAUCUGCAU